UGUCCAGGGACCACCUACCGCCACGCUUACGAAGCGCACCACAAAAAUUACUACGAGUUUCUAAAACAGCGCUACACCAAUUGCAACAUUGUGGACGGCAACCUAGAGAUCAACUUUCUCGUGAAGAGGCAGGACGGUUAUCAGGAGGAUGAAGAAGCCGGCUUCGACCUCGGCUUCCUCAAAGAUAUCAAGGAGGUAACAGGCUACGUGAUGAUCCAGUAUAACGAGAUCUUCCACCUGAACCUCAGCUCGCUGCUGCUGAUACGAGGGCAGCAGCUCUGCAACUGCUUCGUCGUCAGCGUCUCCAGCUUCGUCAACAACUGCAGCCUCUUCAUCCCAGUUAUUAUAAUGGCUCAUUUGUCCUUCUCCAACUGCCCAGAAAUUAGCAGAGGGGACGUGAUGAUAUACAACAACGGAGCCUUGCGAUUUGUGGACACCGUCAAUUGGGUCGACGUCUUAAGUGAUGGUAGCAGCAGAGUUUUCAUGAGCCGCAACAAUGCCAUUUGUGAGUUAGGAUGUCACCCCUCUUGCGAAUGCCACCCAUCAUGUGCGGACCUAACUGGACAGCCCUAUUGCUGGGGUCCAGGCCCUGAGAUGUGCCAUCGACUAACAAAGGUGCACUGCGAAUGCGACAACAGGUGUGAGCCCAACUCGACAGUGAGGUGCUGCAGCAAGGAGUGUGCGGCCGGGUGUUCGGGUAGUAGCAGGAAGUGUCUGGCAUGCAAAAACUUUUACAACGAUGGCGUAUGCGAAGAAAACUGCCCCGUCCAACAUAUCUACGAUUCACCACAAUACAAAACGCUAGAAAACCCCAAGCAUAAAUAUGCAUACGGAUCUACUUGCGUUAAGCCAUGUCCAAACCACCUACUCAUGGAUAAACAGGCUUGCGUUAAACACUGCGCGGCAAACAGCAUGAUCGUCGGGGAUAGCUGCGUCGAGUGCGGAUCCGAUGGACAAAAACCUUGUCUCGUCGAAGGGGUUGCAGUCAAUGCCAGCAGUUUCAUAGGCUGUCAAGUGGUGGAUGGGAACCUGAUGUUUGACGAUUUUACGUGGAACGGCGAUGUAUAUUUGAAUUUAUGUCAUAAAUUGUUUCUGUCACAUGUUUCGGAAGAAUGGAAGUACCUGGAAAGUGUUGAGGAAGUCACGGGAUUCGUCAGGAUGCAUUUUCGCACUUCAAAUUACGAGAGUUUAUCAUUUCUGAAAAAUUUGAAAACAAUCAGAGGGGUCUUCUUAGAUGAGCUCGGCCAUUCUCUGGGCAUCGCUGCAACAAACUUCACAUCCCUUGGUUUGGAUUCACUGACAGCCAUCAAGUACGGCAACGUGAAGAUUAGUCGGAACAAGAAAAUGUGCUACGUUCAAUCCAUCAAUUGGUCAGCCAUCUUGAAAAGUCCAGACGAUCAGAGGGUCAUAAUUGGCAACAACAAUAAUAAUUGCGAGAGUGAGGGCAAGUUGUGCCACCCUGAAUGUUCAGAUGAUGGUUGCUGGGGACCAGGUGAUCACCAGUGCAUCUCAUGCAGAAACUUCAAAUUUCAAAACAAAUGCGUCCUCAGUUGCCAAUCAAUUCCUCUGGCUUACGCUAGUUCGAACACGACCUGCAGCCUCUGUCACGAACAGUGCUUGGAUACAUGUGAUGGACCGGGCGCCGAAAACUGCACCACAUGUCGAUUCGUUCGUGACCGCGACACUUGUACAACCUCCUGUCCAAAAACAAAAUAUACUGACAAAAAUAACCAUUGUCAAAAUUGUCACAAAAAUUGCGGAGAAUACGGGUGUACAGGUCCGCUGAACAACAUCGGAGCGAAUGCGUGCAACUCUUGCGAUUUAGUUUCGUUUGAGAAGGUUGGCGACUCUCUAAAUGCCACCUCGUGUAUGCCCAUCACGAAGAUGUGUGCCACCGGCUUGUACAGGACAAUACUGAUUGACUACCCAUCCAACCACUCUCUUCAUCGAAAGCAGGGCUGCAAACCAUGUCAUCCGGAAUGUCUGGCGUGUUGGGAUUAUGGGACUUCCACAAGUUACUGCCACCCGUGCAAGCAUUUCAAGGAAGAGGACAAAUGUGUUAGCAGCUCUAUAAAAAGAAAAAACGUCGAAGAUUAUGACGAGAGGUCCUGCCUGCCGUGCCACACAAGCUGCCUUACGUGCUACGGUCCUGACCCCCACCAGUGCUACACCUGUAAGCACUACAUCGUCUACCAUGACUAUCAGAAUAAGGAGCUAGGGUUCAACUGUUCGGAGAACUGUCCGGCAAAUUUACCGCACAAACUUGCGCGUGAUGUCAACGGCAUGAAAAUAACCGAAUGUGUCGAAGAUGAUUAUGCCAGUAAAACCGGCAGAAUAUUGGCCAUAGUGCUGCCGAUCUGCAUUUUAACGGUCAUAGCGAUUGUGGCCAUCUCGCUUGGCGUAGUAGCCUAUAAGAAGAGCAAGGCAAAGACCAAAAUCGCGAUGGCCGCUGUUAAUUUGCUGAAUGGGAUAGAAGAUAUGCCUCUCAAUCCAUCGGGCCUGCGGCCAAACAUGUCCCGUUUGAAUAUCAUCAGCGAAUCAGAGCUGAGAUUGGGUGAGAAAAUAGGCCAGGGUGCGUUCGGAUCCGUCUUUAAGGGCGUAUGGACACCAAGUAAAAAGAACGUUCGCGUGUAUGUGGCGAUUAAAAUCCUACACGAGACCUGGUCUAACACGGAUGUCCGACAGCCUGACUACUUGAGCGAGGUGGAAAUUAUGUGCAAUGUCAAGAACGAAUACUGUGUGCAGAUCCUGGCCGUGUGUCUGGCGAGUAAGACGAUGAUCGUCACGCAGCUCAUGCCCUACGGCUGCAUGCUGGACUUCAUCAGAGACAAUCAAAACAAUCUCGGCUCCAAGGUGCUUCUCAACUGGGCUAGACAAAUUGCAUCUGGUAUGGCCUACCUCGAGGAGGUGAGGAUCGUUCACAGGGAUUUGGCGGCAAGGAAUGUUCUAGUGCAAAACGACAACCAUGUACGCAUAACUGAUUUCGGACUUUCAAAGUUGUUGGAUGCAGGCACUAACAUCUACUACUCCAAAGGGGGGAAGAUUCCAAUCAAAUGGCUGGCCCUGGAGUCCCUCCGACACAAAAAGUUCACCCACUCGAGUGAUGUGUGGAGUUUUGGAGUAACACUAUGGGAGAUGUUUACAUUUGGUGACAGCCCGUAUGAGAAUGUUAAAUCUGAAAAUAUGGUGGAAGUUUUGGAAAAGGGUGAUAGACUGGCCCAACCAACGAUAUGUACCAUUGAUGUUUACAUGGUUAUGAUUAAGUGCUGGCUGGUGGAUGCCGACAGCAGACCAACAUUUUCUAGCCUUGUUGAAACAUUCUCCCACAUGGCUGAAGAUCCGACCAGAUUCCUCUUCAUC